AUGAAUACGGGUAGGGGUAUUACAUGCAAACCAACCCUUAUCGAUUAUCUAACCGAGAUACACGUGUUCUCGAUUCAAGAUUCCGAGAAGUUGGCUGAAAAGCAUGGAUGUACACCGGCACAACUUGCACUUGCUUGGGUUCUUCAUCAAGGGGAUGAUGUUUCUCCUAUUCCCGGAACAACCAAGAUUAAAAAUCUAGACAGCAACAUUGAAUCAGUGAAAGUAAAGCUGACAAAAGAAGAUUUGAAAGAAAUUACAGAUACGAUCCCAAUCCAUGAGGUUGCAGGGGGUACUUAUCCUGAAGGUUUAAAGCAAUUCACUUGGAAAUAUGGAAUACACCACCAAAGAAGAGGACCUAGGUUUAGAAGCAAAGUUUCAUGGGUGUUGGGAUGAAUGGAUUUCCCAGGAAACUGCAGCCAUUGAAAGAUUGAUGAGUUACUAAAGCUUUGGAUUGUCAUUAAUGGAGGGUUCAGUAUUUAUGAUGUUGUUGUGUCAUAUUUUGUAUCGUGUUCUUUUUAGUUGUUUGAAAGAAUCAAGUAGUGUAAGUGUUUACUUGGACGAAUAGAGUUGUAGCUAUUGUUUAAUCAAUGUAUGUUUUUAUUGUUCUAA